GCGCCGCCCGCGCCGGGUUGGGGUCGCUCCUCGGUGCUGGGUGUUGGUGGUCCUCGCUGUUCCUCCUUCUGAGGUCUGUGGGUCCGGUGGUGAGUUUAGGCGACCGGCUUAACACGAGGACCCUGGCGGACCUGGCUGGCGGCGGCUCUUCCCAGGGGUUUGUGCUGACCCCGGAACGCGGCGCCGGGUUUUAACUUCUUGUGGUACAAGCUGUGCAUCACCAUAAUGAGGCUUGUAAUUCUUGAUAACUAUGAUCUGGCUAGUGAAUGGGCAGCCAAAUACAUCUGUAAUCGCAUCAUUCAGUUCAAACCUGGACAGAACAGAUACUUUACACUGGGCUUACCAACAGGGAGUACACCUUUAGGAUGUUAUAAAAAAUUAAUAGAGUAUCACAAGAGUGGAGACCUUUCUUUUAAAUAUGUGAAGACUUUUAACAUGGACGAAUAUGUAGGACUUCCAAGAAAUCAUCCUGAAAGCUACCAUUCUUAUAUGUGGAAUAACUUUUUUAAGCAUAUUGACAUAGAUCCUAAUAAUGCUCAUAUCCUUGAUGGGAAUGCUGCCGACUUACAAGCAGAAUGUGAUGCAUUUGAAAGGAAAAUAGAAGAAGCUGGAGGAAUAGAUCUUUUUGUUGGAGGAAUAGGUCCAGAUGGUCAUAUUGCUUUUAAUGAACCAGGAUCCAGUUUAGUAUCAAGGACAAGAUUAAAGACUUUAGCAAUGGACACCAUUUUGGCAAAUGCGAAAUACUUCAAUGGAGAUUUAUCAAAAGUGCCAACUAUGGCUCUCACUGUUGGUGUGGGGACAGUGAUGGAUGCUAGAGAAGUGAUGAUCCUCAUAACAGGUGCACACAAAGCAUUCGCCUUGUACAAAGCAAUAGAAGAAGGAGUUAAUCACAUGUGGACUGUUUCAGCGUUCCAGCAGCAUCCUAGAACUAUUUUUGUAUGUGAUGAAGAUGCUACUUUAGAAUUAAGAGUUAAAACUGUGAAAUACUUUAAAGGUUUAAUGCAUGUGCACAAUAAACUUGUGGAUCCGCUAUACAGUAUGAAAGAAGGAAACUGAAGGACUUUGAAGCAAAAUUCUACUUGGAAACACCUUCUUAUUAGUAGAUGAAUUUUCAGCUAUGCAACAUGAUAAAUCAUGGGAAACACUGAAGAUUGUCACUUUAAAAAUCCAUUAUCUAUGCUGAACAUUCCAUAUUUAGAAUGUCUAUUUUACACUAGGGUUUAUGAGAAAUACUUGGCUAUUUAUUAUAAAUUAUAGAAAGCUACAUACCAACCUGUAAAACACCAUACAAAUUCUGCUGGUUUCAUUUUAAAAUUAAAAAUUCUAUACAUUAGGUACCAUGUAUGAUAUGAUGUAGAUUUUUCAUUUUUUAAUUACAGGAAGACACUCCAAGCUUUUCAUUUAUCAUACCACUAUCAUUGCAAAUUUUUACUCUUGGAAUGCUAUCUUUAGAUUUCUGUGUAUUACACACAUUCUUUUUUCUGCACGGUGUUGCCUUAGUCAUCUUUCAGCAAUAGUAUGUGGACAUCAGAAGUCCCGCUACAUAUUGUUGGUAAAGAAAAUGUGAAGAGAUGACAAUGUCUAAAAGUAGUUUACAUCCUUUUGGAAAGUAUGUGUAAGUGCAUGUUUUUUUUGCGCACCUUCUUAUAUAGCACCUUUUUACAAAUAUGCUCUUAUUUUUACUUAAUGACUAGGGUUCUUGCUCUCUCUCUCUCUCUCUGGCAUUAUGAGCUUUAUAUAAACUUAAACUCUUUUGGAGAAUAUUUUCUGAUUAUUGCUAAAUUUCAUAAAUGAUUAGCUUUAUUCCUUGUGUAUAUAUGUCUAAAGGGAUGUAUGAUAUAAAAGAUUACUGUAAACCAUUUCAGAUUGCAAUAAAUUCAAUUAAAUUAUA